AUGGGCGCAGAAGAAGACGGGGAGAGACAAGCCAGCUCCUCGACACAGCCGGCAGCCGAGUCCCAUGAUGGCGAGGCUGUCCUCAAAAAGCUUCAUAUCUUGCCCCUCAAAGAGGCGGACAAGAAGAUCAAAGGCCGUCAGCGAAUGGAUUUUCUUGCAGAGACAUUGCGCCAACUGCGAAAUACGAAAGCGACGGUGUGCUCUGGGGACUUGGUGAGAGCGAAAGAGGCGGAGUUCGUGGUCAUCAAGUGUGACCCGCCUCAGGGUUGCCUGGGAAUGGAGACAGAUUUCUUUGUUGACGGAGCCCCGGUGAUCUGCUUUCAGAAGAUCCAGUUCAGCGCCUGGGGUCCCAACACACUGAGCUCCGAGGAGCUCUUCAACGAUUACGUCCGGCCAUACUUCAAAGGUGAGUAUUCGCCGUAUGGAACGGCCGGUGUGAAGAGAGUCAGACUGCUGUACACGGGACAGAUCGUCCAGGUGGGCGAGGUGUGCUUACAGGUCGAGGCAACAGAGCCCCAAGGGCUCGGAAUGGUGUCCACGGAUACAGAAAUCUUUGCGAACUGGGACACAACUCCCGAGUUCGAGAAAGUGCAUAUUCUUCCCUUCAUGGACACCUUGCCCAGUGCCUACCAAUACGAGCUGUUUGGAGAUUACCUUAAGCCGUACCUGAUGGCGAAUCAGCACAGGAAGUACCAGCAUGGUGACCUCUUCACGUAUCAGGGCGUGCAGUUCAAAGUUGUAGCUUGUGAGCCGCCCGAUGUGGUUGCUCGGAUCGGGAAGAGUACCACCAUCUUCUGCCAGGGGCACCUGACCCCGACGUUGCGGAACCUUUUGCCCCCACAUUUGAUGAGCCAGGUGGCGCAGCUCCCACAAGGCCUGCAGAUGCUCCUGCUCAGCUCCGAGCGAACCACUAGGGAGCUCGAAGACAUGCUGAACCAUCGGCGAGGGCUCUUCCAGGAUGCCGCGUGGGCCUUUGGCGAGUCGUCGCCCAAAGCUGAGGUCCACGUGGAUCGCCGAUUGAAUGUGAUGGGCAGCGGCUUGCAACACAAGGUUUUCUUCCGCGACUUUCUCGAGCUCAUACGACCACUCUUUGCCACGAGCGACUUUGCCGAGCAGCCUCGAUACAUAGCCGACACAGGAUGUGGUGAUGGCAGCCUCCUGUGCCAGAUCUACGAGUUUGUCAAGCUGCAGACUCCACGAGGACGAGCAUUGAAGGAGUUUCCCUUGACGAUGAUUGGCAUCGACUUGAGUGCAAGCGCUCUUGCUGCAACAGCUGACACGCUGCGGGCAAGGGGUGUGCCCCAUCAGCUGUUGGAGGGUGACAUCGGAGAUCCAGGCGGCCUCUGCAACGAGCUGCGGCGAUUGAACCUGGAUCCGAGGCAGACGCUGCAUGUGCGCUCCUUCCUGGACCACGAUCGGCCCUUCCGGAUGCCCGCCCAUCCUCUCCGAGCAGGCAGCUCCCGCGACCUCUUCGUGGCUCAUCACUUCGACCAGGCCGUCUACCUUGACCGUUGCGGCAAGGUGAUCAAGCCGGUGGAUAUCUACCAAUCUCUGGUGGAGCACUUCGGACGCUGGGCAGAUGCUUCUGGUGAGCAUGGUCUCUGCAUUCUGGAGGCCAUGCUGCUGGACGUGCCCAGUACUGCGAAGUACUUCGAUGAGAAUGUGUCGUUCCACUUUGACAUUGAGGCGGCUUUGUCGAGGCAGUAUUUGGUUCCUCCCGUUGCCAACUGCAUGGCCUUGGCGGAAGCAGGUCUGUUCAGUUGCACGGGUGAUGCAAGCUCACACUGCUACCCUGAAUCUGGCGAGUACUGCCGCAUCAUGAGCCAGCAUGUCAAGAGGUCCUCCUUCUCUGUGCGCCUGGCCGAGUUUGAUGAUUUGGCCGCCCUGGUCGAUCUGCAGCAAGCGGCGAAGGUCACGUCAGCGUUGGAGGCCUCUCCGGAGACAUUGGCCGCGCGCCUCCUCAAGGCGCCCCUUGGCGUGCUCGUCGCGGAGUGUGCCGGGAAGCUGCUCGGGGCGGCAUAUACGACUCGCCGCGUUGGCCCUGCCAGCAGCGGAAUCGAAGCCGAGCCUUCGCAGCCCAGUGCUGAUCACGGCGACGUGCUGCAACUCGUCGCGCUGCACGCCCUUCCGGAGGCACCAGGAGUCGGCUCGCUGUUGCGUGACUUUCUUCUCCAGCUGGCUUGGGUCGACCCCGAUGUCAAGUCUGUGGUGGGGCUGACGCGCUUCGAUGGUUGGGCAGCUAGCGGCUUGAGUCAAGAGGACUACAUGAGGAGGCAUGUCGAAGGCGAAGUUUCGGACAAGGUUCUGGCCUUUCACACCCAGCGUGGUGCCACGGUCGUCAAGCUGGUCCAGGACGCUCGGCUGGCGGACGUGGCAAACCAAGGUGCUGCCGUACUCAUUCGCUACGAGCCGGGCAGGCCCCAACGGGAGCGCCGCGUCGCAUCUCGAGAAAGCCAGGAAGCCACGGUCGACACAGUGGAAGCCUUCGUCCACGAGCAGCUGGCCAAAAUGGACAUCCAACUUAAGGAGGCGGACUUUGCCGAGCUUGGCCUGGACUCGCUGGAGCUUGCGGCGCUACGGCGCAGCGUUGAGAAGCGCUUCGGCCUCCACGGAGAUGCGGCAGCUGCGACCGCUCGCGAGCUGGCUACAUCUUGCUUUCAAGGUGGCUCGAAUCUGCAGCGCACGGAUGCGCGAGCUGUGGUGGAGUCCUUUCUGCAGGACUUUGGUGAAGCAGACAGCCAGGCUUCGCUGGCAGAAAUGGGCCUGGAUUCGCUGGACAUUGCUCGGCUGCGGGAGCGGCUGCAAGCUCGCCUGUCCGUGCAGCUCAGUGUGGAGGAGCUAGCGGCUGCAGCAAAUGUGGAUAGCAUCAUAGAGGCAGUCCGCGCGAAGAUGCUAACAGCCACGGCGUGA